AUGCAUGUGCCGGACAUAGAAUCAGGGCCAGAUACUUUUGAAAUUCUUCUCACCACAGACAACCAUGUUGGAUAUCUUGAGACGGACCCAAUUAGAGGAAAUGACUCGUGGAGAACAUUUUCUGAGAUCAUGAGCAUUGCGAAAUCCCGGGACGUCGAUAUGGUUAUCCAGGCAGGCGAUUUGUUUCACGUCAACAAGCCUAGCAAGAAAUCGUACUACCAUGUGAUCCGGACUCUUCGUGAAUUCUGCUGGAUUGACAGGCCUCGUGAAUAUAAGCUCGUAUCUGAUCCAUCGGUCGUGAUGUCCACGCGACAUUUUAAUUACCCAUGUGAGUAUGAUCCCAACGUGAAUGUUGGAAUGCCGGUUUAUGCUAUUUCUGGUAAUCACGACGAUGCAACAGGAGAUGAUCUUCUCUCACCGCUGGAUCUCCUUUCUGUUGGUGGAUUACUAAAUCAUUUUGGACGGAUCACGAAUAACGACGAGAUCAAAGUUAGCCCGUUGCUCUUCCAAAAAGGCAGUACUAAUUUUGCAUUAUACGGUCUUCAGAGCAUCCGUGAAGAGCGUCUAAAACGGACUUUGGCCUCGGGCAAGGUCGAGUUCUUGCAGCCGGAAGAUAGCGAAAAUUGGUUCAGUUUAAUGUGCGUCCACCAGAACCAUGUGCCCAGACCGGGAACGCGCGUUCUCGAAGAAGCACAUCUUCCUCAUUUUUUAGAUUUCGUGUUUUGGGGCCACGAGCACGAGUGUAUUCCUAGACCAUUGCAUAAUGUUGCUAUGGGCUUCGACGUUCUUCAGGGCGGCUCGUCGGUUGCAACUUCGUUGAGCGAGGGUGAAGUUCCUGACAAACACGUCUAUUUGCUCAAAAUCAAGGGCAAGGACUAUAGUCUCGAGCCCAUAAGACUCAAGUCUGUGCGGCCGUUUGCGAUGAAAGACAUUACCUUGAGCGAGACAGGGAUCUCUGCAACGUCCGGAAAUAAAGAUGAGGUGAUUAAUUUGCUUAUAGACGAGGUGGAGGGGCUUAUCGAAGCCGCAACCAGCAAAUGGAAAGAAGUCAAUCAUGACUUGCUAGAAACUCUUGUUGACAUUGAAAUACCUCUUCCUCUGGUUAGGCUACGGGUCGAGUACAGUGGGGGCUAUGAGGUGGAAAAUCCUCGUAGGUUUUCCAACAGGUUUGUCGGCAAGGUUGCAAAUAUCAACGACAUUGUCAUUUUUUACAGGAAGAAGACAGUUGGUAACAAACAGGCAAACCGAUUGGUACAGAAACAACAAAGCGAGGAUCAUGAGCUAGAAAUACGCGAAGGCACUCUCAACAUUGGUGAUUUUGUUCAGCGACAACUGAGCGAAGACGAUCUUUUGCUGCUGAAAAAAACGGACAUGUCCAACGUGAUUGAAGAGGCCAUGAGGAAAGACGAUAAACACUUGAUUAAGAAGUUUGUGGAUGACGAGCUAGGCAAUGAUCUGGAGCUUCUGAUGAAGCUCCGAGUCGACGAGACGGACAAUGUUGAAGGCAAGUCUUUGAACGAACUGAAGAAAGGUUUCCGGAACAUAGUGAAGGAGCUCCGUGCCAAGGCGAAAUAUAGCGAGAGAUCUAAAGAACACGAGGCUUCUCCUCGUGUUAGCUCUGAUCUGUUUGUGGAGUCGGAUGAGGAGCCAUCGACACGUGGCAGACGUAAAAAGAAGCAAGAUCCUGUGCCCGAUCUCUCACAAUUCAUGCAUCCUAGUGAGCCAAUGGUGAUUGAUUCAGAUAUAUCUGAUGAUGGCCUGAUUGAAAUCGAGGAGCCCAAGAAGACCACCCGCAAAAAGACAACAAAGCCGCGUAAAACCGCAUCCAAACCGACCAGUCUGUUCGGUGCAGUAGGUCGCUAG